GGAUAUCAAAGCAUAGAAUGAUCAAAUUUUAGAAAUUUGAUACUUAAUAGAAUAGCCAAUAAAAUAUUAAAGUUUCAUCUCCAAAAAAUAAAAUGGUUUUCUUGAUGCUUCCAUAAUCUGUUGAUAUUGAAACUUAAGCACAAAAUAUUUUUUCAGGCUCAUCAGAAUUAUUAAAAGUUUUACCUAACCAUGACAAAGGACCUAAAGUAGACUAAAAAGGAUAAAUUCUUAGGCAUACACUUGUUGGCUCAGUAUAAUAAUUUUAGUAAGAAAAAUAAAGAAGGCUAAAUCCAAAUAAAAAACCUUUUUUAAAAAUGAAAACAUAGUUUCUAUUAGAAGGAGAUUCUCAGCCUGUAUUCAAUAAUAGUUACUCUAAAUGUAAAUUGAAUCCUUAUUGUAAUAUUAGUAACAGAAUUUGUCUCUAAUAAAGAAUAACCCAAGAAAUCCCCUCAAAAAAUUAAGUCUAAAGAAUUUUAAAUUAUAUAGCUAAAUGAAGAAUAAGUAUAACAAGAAAUUGUAGAAGUUGAAAGAAGAGUUAAAACUAAUUAGAUUGAAGUAAUUUUUGAUAUUUAAAGUUAAGAGUGCAAAAUUAAAUUAGGAAAUCAAAAGAAAGCUAAAUAAAGGUGAUAAAUUAAAGAUGGACACUGUUGAAAGAGCUUUAAAUAAUUAUUAAAAUACUGUAGAAAAUUGGGAGACAUCUUAAUUAAAAGUUAGCUCUCUUAUAUAAAGAAAACAAGGUUAUUCAAUGAAUGAGAAAAUAGAAUAAUUUAGAGUGAAACAAGAAAUUAAAUAAUUACUUGAACACAUAACCCCUAUUGAAUAGAAGUUAGGGAAUGACUUUUGGGUAAAAUUUAGUAAUUAUAUAGAAAUAAGGACUUAGAACAGAAGGAUCUGAAUUAAAAAAGAAAUAUCCUUAUAAAUAUGUAGAUUAUUAAGAAUUAGAUCCUAAAUUUCAAAUUGAUUCUAAACCUCCAGUUAUUGAAAUAGUCAGAAGACCAAAUUCAUGUGUAAAAAAUUAUCGACCUUAUUCAUCAUUCACAUCUCGCUUUUACCUUAAUAAAAAAUUAAAAGAAAAUCAAGAUAUUGUUAAGAAAUUAGUGCCUUUAAAUAUAGAAGAGAUAGACGAUUUUUUAUUGGAAGGAUAAAAAAUUCUAAAUUAAGAAAUUCAUUCAGUUAGAAAUCCCAGAGAUAGUUUUGUUAAAAUUACAAAUACAAUCAAUACUGGUGGAUUUAAUACUUAUAUCAAAAAAAUACCUAUAUAAUAAGAAUAGUCUCAACCUGAUGAAAUUAUUGAAUCCAAUUUUAAUAAAAAAUUUAUAAUUAACACUGGUAAAUUCGGAAGUUUAAAAGGAUUUUUUUGA